AUGACGGAAUUCAUAGGGUCGGAUGUCACCACUCUCGUUUCUUCUGGAGUCAACUUUCGACUUCUUCUGAAUGCGAAUGACACGGACCUGCACCCGCACACUGAGCAUCUCCCGGGCUCUUGUAUAGGUCCCACCGAGAUGCUCUUUUGCCUCACGUGCAUUGAGCUCACUAUUGCCCCUAUAUCUAACAGGAUCCAACCAAAGGCUUCGACUACCGUACAUUCCCACAAUCCGGUUGCUACGUGGAAUCCGUCUACCCUCAGCACUGUGACUCCAAGAUCCCCAUUCACCUUUUUUAAUUUACUGCUGACCCACGCGUCACUCUGUAUGUUGCGUGUCAUCGACUUCAUGUGUCGAGGAAUGCCGACCUCCAGUCUCGACCAUCAAGAGCGCGACUCUCUUUUCCUGUGCGCGAUCCAAAUUCUCGAAUACGAUGAUGAGAUCUACACGACCGAAAGCCUCCGCAGGUUCCUCUGGUUCACUCAGAUGCAUGGCCCUUUGCCAGGCUAUAUCUUCUUUGUGAGCGAACUGCGCCAACGCGCAACAGGCGAGCUAUGUGAGCGCGCAUGGCAGGCGAUCUGCAAUAACUACAAACACCGGAGCUUUGCUCGCAACCUUGAGAACCCAAUGCAUGUUGCAUUCGGCCACACGAUCCUCGAGGCCUGGGCUGCUCGUGAGCAAGCUGAGCUCCAGCAAGGCCAGAAUAUCGAACCACCAAGCCUGGUGACGUUGCUAGCCCAACGUUUUUCUUCUUCCCACCCAGCGGGACCCAAGGCGGUAUCUAGUCCGAACAUGGUUCGAAGGACCCAUUCUGAACCAACGACAGGAAGUGGAACCCCGUUUCGAUCAGAAGAGAUGUAUGAGACAUGGGGAACAGCCCUUGGCGACAAUCCGCUGCCUCCCUUGCUGGAGGGCACGAGCCAGGUGGACAGAGCGGCAUGUCCUGACUACGAUUGGACUAACUGGACAUAUUUGAUGCAGUCUGGUGCACUAGGAGAGUUCUUUGAUGAUGUUGGAUCUCACUUGGCAUAG